AACACAGAAAUGGCGGACGUAGACAGCUCGAAGUCGCUGAGUGGUCUGCUAAAUGGGAUCGCGCAGAAAGUGUACCAUAACAACCCAGAAAUUACAGAGGAGCUGUUAAAAAAUGAGCUUUACCCCGAUCUGUCCCAGGAGGAGUUUCAUGCUUUGCAUGAGAAGAUGAAGGGCCUUUUAAAGUCAAUUGCUUCAGCCGACAUGGACCAGGCCCAGCUGGAGGCCUUCCUCACAGCCCAGACCAGGAAGCAGGGCAGCGGGGGAGUGAGCGGAGAGCAGGCGGCCGCCCUCUCCAAGUUCUGGAAGAGCCAGCGGGCUCGGGUGCGAGAGAGCCUCCUGGGCCAGAGCCGCUGGGAGCCGGCGCUCAGGGGCCUUAGCUGGCGGGUGGACCUGCAGACGUCGGCCAGCCGAGGGGAGCCCGUCAACACCCCGGUCGCUGUGGUGGAGCUGGAGCUGGGCAGGACCGGCGAGGAGUCUGAGUUCGUGUGCAUGGAGUUCGACGAGGCGAAGGUGAACCAGGUGCUGAAGAAGAUGGCGGAGAUCCAGGAGAGUAUCGACAGCAUCGUGCAGCGCAGCUGAGAGCCGGGCGCGGUGACGCGCCUGGGCAGGGCCUGGCUUGGGCUCUCUCUGCCAGGAAAGACUGGAAGGACUCAGGGGCUCAGCGGGAGGGAAGCGCUGUGUUUGUUCUGUGCAUGCGCCUCUGUUUUGAGGGAAAGUGACAAUUGGGGUAUGUGUGAGGGAGGGGGCUGUCCUCUACGUGACCCAGUGCUCAGCCCCGUCCUGUGUCUUUGAUCAGAAAUAGUUUGGGUUCUGCCCUUCCUGCCAGUGCACUCAGUAUUUCCUCAAUUUUUCCUGAGAUACAAAAAACAUGAGUUUUUGAACAGUGAAGGCAUUGCUUUAGAUGUCAUUUUUAGUAUUUUCAAUUAUUUGUUAUCAUACAGUGUUAUUGUAGCAAUUUGUAUGCAGUGGAUUCAACCUGCAGCCCAACAGCUUCCCUUUCAGGGGACAUGAUCCAGCCUACAUAUUCCACAUUAGGCCCUUGUGUCAGAAAUGAAAAGUUGUCAACUUAUAUUUCUGUCAGCAGCUCCGGGCAGCACUGCCUGUGACAUUGACCCCAGUGCAGUGCCUGUUUGAUGCAGUCUUCCUGCGUCUGUCUGUGUCGUGAACGCCGCCCACUGAUGG